AUGAGCUUAUCUAUUUCCACAGUCCCGUGUUCUGAUAUAUUCAAGAAUCUAUUUGCUCAAACAAAUAGUCCCCACUCAUGUACAACGCAGAAUGAAAAAAACCGUUCUCUUGACACUACACAAGUACCCUGUUCACGGUUGUUUCACCCAACAGUUGACGACACCAAUUAUGAAGACAUUGAGAAUUCCCAUCCUACUGAUAUACCUUCUGAAGACGAAGAACCGCUGCCUGAUGAUUAUGGCAGUGAUGUAACUGAAGAUUCAUCAGAACCGGAUCAGAAUGAAGAUGCUCAUAUUAGGCAUCAAGUGCCCACCGGCUAUGCGUCUUUGGGACCUCCUACCGAGUGCUGUAACAAAUGUCAUGCUAUUAUGUGGAAAGAGGAGAGGGUGAAUAAAAAUGUUACAAAGGGUAUUCCUAAGUUUAGCACAUGUUGUGGACAAGGUACCAUUAAACUUCCACCGACUCCACCUACUCCUGAUUACCUCAUGCAUUUGUACACCGAUAAAAACAAGUCAAAGCAUUUUAAGCAGAAUAUCCGUCUAUACAAUGCAAUGUUUUCGUUUACUUCUACUGGUGGAAAGGUUGACUACUCUAUUAAUCGUGGAAGAGCUCCUUAUGUAUAUCGUCUCAAUGGUCAAAAUCACCAUGUCUUUGGUACACUCAUCCCUGAUGAUGGAAAAGAUCCAAAGUUUUGCCAGCUUUAUAUAUACGACACUGAACAUGAGGUGCAGAAUAGGAUGAAAUGGGUAAGGGUUGAUGAUGGUGAGCCUGUCAAUUCUGAGAUUGUUGAAGGCUUGAUAAGGAUGCUAGAUGAAACUAAUCAGCUGGUUAGGAAGUUUAGACAAGCCAGGGAUCGCUUCAAAGAGCAGCCAAUAAGGAAUCUUAGAAUAAAAAUGAAAGUCUGUCGUUCGGAGAGUGGCCGUGAAAAUAAUAUCGGCCCAUCAGAUGAGGUAGCUGCUGUUUUGGUUGGAGACAUAAACACUACAGUUGGUGAAAGGGAUAUUAUUAUUGAGAAGACUCAUAUUGAUCCUAAUGUAAAAGUUUAUGAACGUAUCUGCUCUGUACACCCCUCACUUAUGGCUCUUCAAUACCCACUACUGUUUCCCAUGGGUGAAGAUGGUUACCAUGAUGAGAUUCCAUAUGUUGAUCCUGACAACCAGAACAAGAAGAAGAGGAAACGCAUUACCAUGAAAGAGUACUACUCUUACAAACUACAAGUUCGAAAAAAUGAAGGUCUUACAGUUCGUUUGGGUGGGCGUUUGUUCCAACAAUAUGUUGUAGAUGCUUUCUCUACUGUAGAGCAGGCGCGUUUGUGGUGGCUACGUACUCAUCAAAAGAUUUUGCGCAGUGAUUUGUAUACGAAUAUUUCCAAGAAACUUCAAAAGGGAAAUACUGACACUGCUAAUGUUGGUAAAGGCUUCAUUUUACCAGCUAAUUUUUUGGGAUCCAGGCGAUAUAUGCAGCAGAAUUUUCAAGACGCACUAGCUGUCUGCCGCGUCAUAGGUCAUCCGGAUAUUUUCCUCACAAUGACUUGCAAUGCUUUAUGGGAUGAAAUUUUAGAAAUGAUGAAGCAUCUACCCGGCUGCUCACCACAAAACUCUCCAGACAUAAUAGCAAGAGUAUUUCACCAGAAGCUACAACAAAUUGUAGAUGACAUUAAGAAGAAGAAUUAUUUUGGUACCUGCCUAGGAGUGGAGUUCCAAAAACGUGGUCUACCACAUGUACAUAUGCUAAUCUGGCUAAAUUCAGACUCGAAGAAGAACUUGAGUACCAAUGUCGACAAUUAUGUAUCUGCCGAGAUUCCAGAUCCAUUGAAAGAUCCUGAAGGUUUCAAUGCUGUCAGCAAAUUCAUGAUCCAUGGACCAUGUGGUUUGCAGAACCCGAAAUGUGCUUGCAUGAAAAAUUUUAAAUGUACAAAGCAUUUUCCGAAGAAGUAUAAUGCCAGCACCAUCUUUGAUCAAUCUGGUUUUCCCAUUUACAAACGUAGGAACACUGGAAUAAAUGUCAAGAAGGGCCAGUUUUAUCUUGACAACAGAUGGGUUGUUCCAUACAACCGAGAUCUGUUAGUCAAGUAUCAGUGCCACAUGAAUGUAGAAAUCUGUUGUCAUGCUAGGAGCUUAAAAUAUUUAUUCAAAUAUUGCUUAAAAGGACAUGAUCGUGCCACGGUUGAAAUUUCUUCUGAGAAUGGUAAUGCAACAGUUGGAGCUGAUCAACCAGUUGAUGAAAUAAAUGCAUAUUUUGAUGGUCGGUAUAUUUGUGCGUGCGAGGCAGCUUACCGCAUUUUUGGAUAUCCAAUACACUACCGGUCCAUAUCUGUGCAUCGUCUUUCAUUCCACCUGCCUGGGGAACGUACGUGCACAUUUACAGAAAAUGAUACUUUAGAGAAAGUUGCACGGAGGAAUAGGCACAAGCGUUCACAGCUGGAAGCUUUCUUUCUACUUAACCAAACAGAUCCAUCUGCAAGAAAAUAUGAUAUGGACAAUGAGGAAGAAAGGAAGUCAAAUUGGGAGAUUGCUAUAUACACAUCAUAG